AUGGCGACGGACGGCGGCCCCGCGACGGCGGCGCUGGACGAGGCCCUCAAGCCCUUCCAGGAAAGAGCCUCCGAGGCUGAGAUACGCAUAGCAAAGCUGGAAGCCUUGCUGUACAACAAAGAUGGUGGUCUGAGCGGUGGAUCUGAGGCAACUUCCUCUGCCGUGAAGGAUCUUCGGUCAAAGCUGGAUGCCGUUACUGCAGAAUGCUUGACUGAAAAAGAGAAGAACAAGAAGCUAAUCGUGGAGAACGAGAAGCUCCUGUACCGCAUGACCCAUCUUAUCCGUGCAAUAAAAGAGGCAGAAUCAAGAUAG